AUGAACGAGCAGGCUGUCGUUACGACACCGAACGCCGACUGGAUGCCCGAGUUCCCCGUCGCGUCUCCAGGGCGGAUCUGUACCAGGGUCGACGGUUCGUGGGGGCCUCAGGAGUAUUCACGGUGGCCCCAGAUGUACCACAAAAAUGUAAUCCACCAUGCAUGUAUUCCUGUGCGAGGCGGCAAGGUCCCAGGCGUGUACGUGGGCCUCUUGGGUCCCCUAUGGGACCCGAUCGACGAAACAAAAUGGGAGCGUGACCUUCUCUGCGGUGUUCCCGACCUGGGAUUCCUGAGACCCUCCUACGUCACGUUGUUCAAGAUGGCUGCUCAGAGCGUCAUCUCCGAUUUCAAGGCUAGUGCGACGCGACAACCGGCACAGCAGACGCAGCACGGUCACCAUCUCUGCGUCACGAUUCACGAAGCCCUCGAUCAACUCACCAUUCUCCCGACUUGGCGUACACACGCCGUCGCCCUUGCCGCGCAUGUCCAACGACUCGCUUUGGAGCUGCGCGGCCUGGUGACCCUCUUCGAUGUCAUCCAACCUCGCGUCAACGCACCUUCCUUCGUGGCGAAGGAGACCCUUGGGGUCCGCGGCGCGUUCACAAGUAACGCUGGAACGGCGCAAGUCUUCCACCGGCUUGGACUGCCCGUGUGGUUCAUACAACCGCUGACGAAGCAGCUGCGCGUCCUUGAGCUGGUCUAUCGUCCUGUCCCGGUCUCCUCAAUCCUCAGCGACAAGCUAUCCCUGCCGCGCCUGUACAGCGGCGAUGGCGAUCUUGCGGGAAUCGUACAGCAUCCCGGUGAUUGGCCUUACAAGAUGCAAGAAGAAGUUCUGAAGAACCUCCUUGAUGUCAGACUAGCGCCAUUGCCGCGGGUGCAGGAAUCAAGCGGUGCGCCACCGGCUAAGAAGGCAAAGGCGGGCGAGUCCACAGAUUCAAAUCUUGGCGGCGCGCACACUGGCACUGCCCAGACUGCCGGUCUGUCGCAAGGCCCCGACCCCGGGAAAUCGUCGCGCCGCGCUCAUCGUGGCAAGCGGGCGGCAGCGUCGCCGCAACAGGGCCCACCCCACCCAUCGCUGUGUUACCGGCCGCCGUUGGCGUGUUCUAUCCCUGGCGUCUGGGUUGACGUCCUCACAGCAAUCGGCACGUUGCCUGCGCCGCCUAACGCCUCGACGUACCAUUGGCCUCCGCCCUUCUGGUUCGAGAGCGAAGGCGAGAAGGCGUUGCGCUUCCAUCACAACUACGUGAGGAUCCGCGGGUUCUGUCGGCAGCGCCUGCUGGAUGCCACGAUAGGUGCUGAGCCGCUACGCAUCGCAGAAUGGCGCGAUGCUUUGUGGGGAAAUUACGACGUGCAGCUGAGCGAGGCCACAAAGCCUGACCUUGGGAAGAAGAACAAGGAUCGUAGGGACAUGCAGCAGAACAUACGCCGCCUGUUCUCGAAUACCGCAGGGCUGCCGACGUACAACAACACCCAAACGGCGCAAUGGGGAACAGUCACGCUGGACAUCACGUCGGCGAACGCGCCCGCCACACGCGCGCAGAUAUUAUGGGAGGUUCAUGAGGUGAACUGGCGGUGCGAGCUGCGGGAGCUGGACGCCGUCCUGACGCACUCGCGUGAAUGGGGGACGCUGCAGCGCUGGGAGCGCGAGGCGCGAGUUUGUCGUGUCUGGAGUCCACAGGGCUCUGGCUUGCGGGUGAUCCCGCGUUGGGAACAAGGCGAGCGGUCGACGGCGACAUGGGUAUGUCCCCCGCAGGGUGCAUGGCAUCAGAGUGUCAAUACGCUCGUCGAAUUCAUCGGUGUCAUGGCACGUUGGUCAGGGCUGCCUGAGGAGUUGAAGAGGGUUGUGCAAGGUGACUUUACUCCCUCAGAGGACGAUUUCGCGAAGCUUCAACGCUCCGCUGUGGACUUCUACGUACAUCGCUUCGUCGAGAUAUUUAAUCGCCUGCCCACGCCGCCCGCUGUAUUGCCCUCCAAUUGGUUGUAA